UCCUCGGCGUCCAUGGCCAUACUUAGAAAAUAUGUUGCAGUUUUCUGAAAAUGUUAAAGAUUCGUUUCAUUUUAAAUGUUUUCUUUGUUUGCCUAAAACAAAUCAUAUCACAGCCUUCAAAAACUCGCCGUCCAACCUGCGGAAGCAUAUUGAGGUGGAGUUACCUGAAGCAGGAAGUACAUGAAUAAAGGUGUUCCAAUAAAACACGUCAUAAAGCUCAAGACCUGUCAAACGCGUUAUAGAUCACUAAUGAUGACUCUCAGCUGAAGAAUAUGCCUCAUUCAGAUGCCAGAGGAACAUGUCUGAGUAGCAUAUAUGGACAACACUGGAGCUGUUCCACUGAGAGUAUCACGCAUACAGCAAACAUCAGGAUGCAGUCGAGGUGUUACUGUUCACCUACAGAUGGCCCUGACCUCUCUGACCUGCAGAUGAAGGUGGAUUUCUUCCGUAAGCUGGGUUACUCUCAACAGGAGGUGAAGGCUGCCCUGCAGAAGCUCGGUCUGGGCACAGACACCAAUGCAGUAUUGGGCGAGCUGGUUCGUUCGGGGGCGAAGGCCAUGCGCUCCUCUAGCUCAGACAGUGAUGAUAGUGGCUUCAGUUUGCUGUAUCGUGGAGGAAGCUCUUCAAGGGGAAAAGGCUCAAGAGACGCACUGGAGGACUCCACUGAACCCGACAACAACUUGAAACCUAUAGUUAUCGAUGGCAGCAAUGUGGCCAUGAGUCAUGGGAACAAGGAAGUGUUUUCAUGCCGAGGGAUUGAGCUGGCAGUCAACUACUUCCUUGAGCGAGGACACAGGCAUAUCACUGUGUUUGUGCCCUCCUGGAGAAAAGAGCAGCCCAGGCCUGAUGUGCCCAUUUCAGAUCAACAUGUUUUAGGAGAGCUUGAGAGGAAGAAGAUCCUUGUGUUCACGCCUUCACGACGGGUUGGCGGAAAGCGUGUGGUGUGCUACGACGACCGGUUCAUUGUCAAGCUAGCUCAUGACCUGGACGGUGUUAUCGUGUCCAACGACACAUAUCGGGACCUGCAGAGUGAACGGCCUGAGUGGAAGCGUUGCAUCGAGGAAAGAUUGCUCAUGUAUUCCUUCGUCAAUGACAAGUUUAUGCCACCUGAUGACCCUCUCGGCCGUCAUGGACCCAACUUAGAUAAUUUCCUUCGGAAAAAAAUUAUGUUACAAGACCACAAACGCCAACUCUGUCCAUAUGGGAAAAAGUGCACAUAUGGUAUCAAGUGUAAAUUCUACCACCCAGAGCGCACUAACCAGUUGCAGCGCUCUCUAGCCGAUGAGCUCAGAGAAAAUGCCAAACUGUCUGGAUUUAAAGAGGACUGCCGAGGAACUGGUUUACUUAAAGGCAUGUACCAAAGAUGUGACACUGGUUUUGGGUCCUGCUCUCCAUCUUUGGAUCAAGAACUGGAGCAGAAGCUCAAUCUGGAUCCCGAGAGAAACGACAGCAGGGAUGUUAUGCUCCAUUACUGGGACGAGAUUUUCUCCACAAAAAAGCCUUUGCAUCAAGCAACCAGUCUGCAACCUCCAUUCCCAACAAACCAUUCAUCCAUUUUCAGUUCCGACUCUGGACUUGGCUCCUUUUCAGAGCCAUCUCAGAGCCUUGAAGAGUUACAUAGGAUAAGACCCAGUCAUCCAUCGAUAUCAAGUAGAUGUGGAGGUUCCUCAAACCCAGCCUUACCCGCAGGUGGCCAGCACUACUGUGACAACAUGAGUUCCUUCGCCAACAAUGGGCCAAACUUUAGUGCCUAUAGCUCUCUACCUCUGUCCAACCCUGUGCAGAAUUACAGUCUUCCCGCUUACAUCCAGCCGAGCAGCUGGUCUUACCCUUGCUAUGUAAAACCAAUGCAGACAACCAGUUUACCAGAACCUAUCCCCUGUCCAAGCUUCCAUAGGUCUGCUGACAGUUACGGAAGCCAACAGCUCUCAGCCAUGCCACAGUACAGCGCUUUCCAGGAGGAACGACAGGAGCUCAGGAAAAAGCUUCAUGCGAUUUUCAACCCGCAUCACGUAGACAAAGUUAUGGAAAUGUUCCCGCAGCUCAAAGAUCCACAGCAGCUGGCCGCAGAAGUUCUCAAACUGAAGUCCAAGGGAGAGUUCUUCUGAUUCUUUAAAUUUUCCCCAAUUCUUUGGACAAUACGUGACAAGACACUUAAAACAAAAAAAAAAAAAAAAAAUAUAUAGAGUCUCUGACUCUGGUGGUUUGGAGGUUUUGAAAGUGAAUUAUCUUAAACCUAAAUGACUUAUCACAUAGUACAUGUGGUAAUUAUGUAUGACUAGAAAGUCAGACGUGUGUUUAGACUUUCUAAAGGUGCAUAUUGCAUCAAUUGUUGCUCCUAACUUGUAGCAAACAGUACCUUAUCUUAAAGGCGAAAGAUUUGGUUUGGACAGAAGCUGUAAUUUCAUUUGGGCAUUCUAUAUAUAGCCAAAGUCUUUCUAGCAAGUCAGUCCACUGUCGGCCAUCUUUGGAACGCUCUAGGGAGGCUAUUUCCAGUCAUGCCAGUGCUGCUCCUAUCUACUUGAAUGGAGAAAGACCAAAAUCUCAGAAACGGUUGGUCAAGAUUACGAUCAAAGAACACAUUUCAAAUCAGCAAUAUAAUCUGACAAUACUGGUAUCAUAAAUUGUGAUUCUUUACCUCAUAUUACGUUAAAAAACGUAAUUUUCCCGGCUUGCAUGCGCGUUCUCUAGUUGAUUGACAGACAAUGUCUGUAUCUAAAAGGUGAUUGGCUCUUUUAACUGUAAGGCGGGGCUUCCUUUCUACAUCCGUUGACUGUUGGGCGCUCAGAGCUCCUUGAUUGAGUGUUCCAGUUUCUCCCAUUGAUUUAAAUAGAAGUGGCCCAUCUCUGUUAAAUCAUUUCUGAUAUAGUUUUAUGUUCAUUACAGUGAUUAGGGACCAGUCAUGUUUUCAAUGUUCAGAGUCAUUUUGUAAUUAGUAAAUUGGAUACUAAUCCUUGUUUAUUAAAAUAAGAAACACUUAACAUAGUAAAAAGUGUUCUCACGUGUAGUCUUUUCAGCUUACUUCCUUGUAUCAGUUAUGAGGUGUGGGAAUUCCCUGAUGCAUUUUUAUCACUUGGGUCAUCUUGUGUUGAGAAACAAAGCAUCAGUGUUGGAUAAAUUACUCAAAAAGGUAAUCCACUUCAGAUUACUUCUCUAAAAAUUGAAAUCAGAUUACUUUGCUUAUUACUUAAUUGAAAAAGUAAUCACAUUACUAAUUACUUUACUUUCUAAAACAUUUUUCACAGAAGUUUGUGUUCAAUGAAUUAAAAAUAAUAUAUUUCCUCCUCGUUCAUUGUUGCACACAAGUCAUUCACUCAUUUCUCCCUUACAAUGACUCAUUGGUGACUCUUCAAAAGUGCAAACAGAUGAACAUGUUAUGAAUACAUUCUACAUAUUUUUUUUUUUAUGUGUAACCCAAGUAAUGUUCUUAAAAUAUAUUAACUGUAAUCUGAUUACAAGAAUUUAGAAAUGCUACUUUCUGUCUUAAGCAAUUAGAAUUACUUUUAAAAGUGAUUAGAUACUUUGUAAUCAGAUUACACCCAGUAUUGCACUUGCAGAGUAUCGACCCUGUGAGACAUUACAUUUUCUGAAUCUUUAUUUUAUUGAAGUACUUGCCAAAUUACUCAAUAUUCGUGGUUUGAAAUUGUGUUUCUUAUCAUGCUGGCUCUGUUAUGUAACAGUGUCAAAACCCCACUAAAAGAAUCCACAUGCUAAAUUUGAAUGUAUUUAAAUGAACAGGGCAUCUCAAAUGUUCCCAGCUAUGCAAACUACACUUUCAUCAUCAUGAUAUUUAAAAUGUCACUCUCUUUCUUUACAGUAACUAAUUACAGUUUACUAUAUAUGAGUGUAAAAAAUGACAAAGUCCUGAAAUAUAAAAUAUAUAAUAUUAAUAUAAGACAGACAGACAGACAGACAGAAAAUAUACAGUAUAUAGUAACUAUAAAACAUGACACUCGGCUUCCGUGUCAAUUCAAUAUUAUGAUGACAGAGUAUUUAUGUACUGUACAUACAUUGACUAGAUAAUAUCUGUAUUAUUGUGAACAAAUUUAAAGAAAUGGUGAGUAUGAUUUUAUCAAGCUUCAUCUCAAGUUAUCAAGUUUUCUUUUCAGAGGAGACACAAUAUUUUUGUUUUGUUAUAGCAUCUGUUUGCAAAGACGUUCCAUUGACAAGAAUUUGUUUUUUGUUUGUUUGUUUUUGUUUAGUCCUAAACUAAACUUAAAAAAAUCAACUGCAGCCAGCUUUGUUGUAUUAUUAAGCUUGUUGUAUGUAGUUCAAGGUAUCCAGGUAGCAACAGUACAGCAUGUUUGAAAUGUUUUCAGCCAGUUUCUUAUCAUUAAUGUGAACAGGAGAUACGUUCUCAGCAAUGCAAUGGCAAAUGCAAUGGAAAUAUGUACUUCACUACCCAUUUAAACGGUAAUUCAAGUAAAUAAAAUGAUAAUUGUGCAUUUUUUUCUUCUAAAUAGUACACCAACUGCCGUUCCACCCUCAGAACAUCUGGGUAAAAAAUAAAAAAGAAAUGUUUUCAAAAAUAUUUUUACUGUCAUAGAAGCGCCACAAAAUAACAUGGUUGCUUCAGCAAUUGUGUUUUUCAUGUUACAUUUGCUUUUUAUGACACUAUCGAUUAGGUUUAGGGUAGGGAGGUAGGUUUUGUUGAUUUAAAACUCAGUAGACCGUUAACCUUAAAAACCUCAUAUGUUUGGGAAAAAAACAACACCCUUUUAACUCCACACAGUGGACAUUGCAUUUUGGAACUGCUGCGAUACACAUAAUGAGCCACGUAAUGUUAUUUGGCACAAAUGUUGCCGCAGUCACAAAAUUUCCAUGAGAUAAAGCUGCAAUUUUUACACCUAGGCUACUGUAAAUGAAAUAUUUUCAGCGGACUGUUGCUGGGAAACAACGCUAACUGAUGUUUUACAUAAAUGUUUCUAUAAAACUGUAUGUACAGUUUUAGUCCAUAUUUUUUGUCACUUAAUAUCAACAUUAAGUUUUACACUAUACUUAAAGUGUGUUAGUUGUAUUAUUAUUACUAUUGAUUUUAUAUAAUUGUUUGAAAACAAAUUUUAUACAAACGUCUAUUUACUCAGUGGCCCACCUGUAUAAAUAUUUGGGAUAAAAAACACUUGAUAAUGUUAUGUUAGUUUCUACCUUGUCUUCUAGGUUCUCUAUCUAGAGAUAAGUUCAGUAUUAAUAUCCAGACUUAUCCAGUGGUCAGAAUCGGGGUUACAAUGUUACACAGUGAAUAUAAUAUCAGUCAGGGGUACCCAAUAAGCUUGCAGUCUAUGCCAAGAGUUUUUAAGGGAUUUGCCCGCAUUUUAUAGAAUAAAUCAGAUUCACCCUUCAAUACAUAUCCCAAUUUUCCCGGAGGUAUAACUUCUUUAAUCAGAAUCAACCAAUCCUUUAUAAAGGGGGGUUCAGCACCAACCCAUUUAACCAUAAUUGCUUUUCUACCCAACAUCAGUAAGGUUUAAAUAACAUCUGAAGUAUCCAAAAGCAAGAGUAAGAGGGGGUAAUAUUCCCAGUAGACACAUUAACGGAAAGGCUGUGACCUUCUGCUUGCAUAUUAUAAAUAAUUUCUCACAAACAUUAUUCCAGAAUUGUGCAAUAAGUGAACAUUCCCAAAGGCAGUGAAAGAAUGUGCCAAUACUUUUAUGACAUUUGGGACACUGGGGGGAUACAGAGCUGUUUAUCUUUCCAUAUUUGUUUGGAGAUAUGUAAACUCUGUGUACAACAUUAAAUUGCAUUUCUUUAAGUCUGUUUCUGACUGAAAUGUUUAAUGGCAAUCUAACAAUAUUCUCUCA